CACGAUGCUGGUGCUCUGGAGAGCAUCUGCUGUGCUUUUGCCAAGUAGUUGCAGCGUCUCUAUUAGAUUAAACUUUGACAAAGAAAGCAAGAACAGGGAAAACAAUGGCGAAUGCCCAUCGCGCCAACGUCCUGGUUACCUCCUGUUUGAAAACGCCGGUAGACCCACACACCAAGGCUCGGUUGGCGUUGUAUGAAAGGCAGCGAACCCUUCCAUAUUCGUCAGUAGCUGGUCAUAUUGACAAUCGAGACUACGAAAAAGAGCUGCAGUAUGACGACUCGGGGUCUGACUACAGCGAUGGGGAGGCCCCCGGGAAGGGCAGACCCCUGAUGAUCAAAGACUACCGAGUGACGGGGGACCACAUCGACCUGCGUGAGUUAUACUUCUCCAACGAGGAGUACUACCGCGAGCUGGAGGAGCGGAAGCGGGCCCACCUCCGCACCAUGGCCGAGCUAGAGGGCAUGUACCGUAAGAAUCUGGAGCCCAAAGGCGCACCACCCUCGGAAAACGUGCAGGGGGCCCAGGCGCACAGAUCUUACUUGAAGAUCAGCCCCAUGCCCGUGAGGAGUCUGAGGAAGGCCCACUCGGCUCUGGAGCUGAGGAGGGGCUCUGGGCUGUCGGACACAUCUGACGAGGAAUGCUGUAGACGACAACGUGGAGAAGGGUCUGCAGUCCUCCCCCAAAGAGCACAUCAAGAACAUGUGGCAGGACUUCAAGCUGUCGCCUCGCCAGCGCCACCCGUCCACAUCCUCCCUCCGGAGCUCAUUGGGUGCCACAAGAAAGGCAUCAAGGGUAAGGACAGGAAGCAAGGGCGCAAAGAUGUCAAACACGAGCCUUGGAAACCCAGAGUGACCGUCCCCAAGCCGUUCCACAUGACGCUGCGGGAGAACCAGAAGCCUCAGAAAGGUGUGAAGACGCGGUCAGAGAUCGAGCUGGAGAACGCGGCCUUGCGGAAGCAGGAGGAGCUGACAGAGUGCCAGCACAAAUUCCGUGCCAGCUCCGUGCCCUUCCACGUAUGCCUGCCCCUCUAUGAGGAGCUCCAGGAACGCGACGAGGCGCGGCGGGCCAUGCGGGAGCAGCAGCGUCUGUGCUCCACCCAGCAGCCCUUCAGUUUCCUGGAGCGCGAAUGUCUCAAGAGGGAGCAGAGAGAGGAGCAGCUCCGCAACCUCCAGCCAAUCAGCCAGGAGAGAGUCCGACCAUUCAGGGCCAAGCCCGUGCCCAAGGCGGUGUACGAGGCGGCUACGGGCGAGCAACUGAAGGAGGAGCAGCUGUACCGUGCCAUCAAGAUGCAAGUGAGGGCCCAGGAGCUGCUCCACAGCCUCCAUGCCACCCAGCAUGCUGGCACGCCACCUUACUACAGGAGACGACGUGCGAGCCGUUCCAGCUCCGGACGUCACAGAUCCCCUCACACGCGAACGCAUCUUGGCGAGAUCGAGAAGGAGCAGAUGAGUCCCCGGGCCAAGCGCUGGCCUUACGUCAGCACAGCUGGGCUCGUCCGCUCACACAACUCUAGCCUCUGCUCCUCCCUCUCAGGCAGUCUGGAACCAGCUGCCUGCAAAGUCACCGAUGCCAGCAAAAAACGCCAAGAGGCCGUAAGAAAGGUGCUUGAGCAGAGAAAGAAGGCGGAGGAAGAGGAGGAGAGAUGGAGUGAGUGCCCACGUGCCCCUCUCCGCAGACCAACGAGGUCCAAGCUCAAGCAGUUCAGAAAGCAGGACUUUCAGCGGAGGAAGGAGUACGAGGAGGAGAUGAGGGAGAUCCAGGAGAGAGUGAAGGGGAGGCCUCUGCUGUUGGAGCAGGUCGCACAGAUGAAUGCCAAACACGCUGCAGAGAAGCGCUACACAGACACCCUGCGAGGCUGUGGAGUGAGUGAGGACUUUGUCAGUGGCAAGGUGCCCCAGCAGCCAGGUGGCCAAGAAUCUGCAUGCUGGACCACCUCCUCCAGUGAUCCAAAACAAAGUGACAAGGACGAGACAGAUACAUCGGCUAUUUACAACACGGUCUUCCAUGAUGACUACCCAGACGAUUAUGAAGACAGCUUUGCUGACCAAGAACGGGAAGGAGAGCAGGAGGCUGAGAAAGAUGAAUUAAAGUCCAAAAAAGAAGAUGAGGAUGAAGGCCAUGGCGAAGCAGGGCGGGGGAGGGUGGAUAUUGGGCGUUAUUCAGAUGAUGGCGAUUACUCAGAUGCCGAUGACCAUUACUCAGAUGCCAGUGAGCAUUACUUGCCCCUGGACGAUGAAAAGAAUAAAGGGAUUGACAUCCUCAAAAGGCACGAGAGUACCCAGAGCAGCCCAAGCUAUAGAAGCGGCCAGCACAGCCGAAACAGUCAGAAGUCAGAGAGGGAUAGGGGAAACACAGCAAUAGCGGACAAGAAAAAUGAUGAGGAUGACUGAAAAGUCAAAGGGGUGCAUUUUCUGACAGGUAGGCAGGGCUACAUUGAGGCAAACGUCUACAACACUGACACACAGUGGUAGAGAUGCUUCUAUUAUAAAAAAGGAUAAAUGUAUGGUAGGAUGUCUGUAUACAUACAGUAAUAAUGGGGAAUUUCAUGUUUAUUACAUUAUUUUGUUGCAAAUACAAUUUAGUGUGAGACAGACCAGAGUCAAUUGUAGUACUAUGCUAUGGUUAUAAAAAUGAUCACAUUGAACAGUUUAGGGUACUCUUUGUCUUGUGAUAUCCUACUUUGCAGGAAAUACAAUACGAUGACCACUUACUUUUGGAUGCUUGUGAUAGUUUCUUUCGACAAUUAUUUGUGUAAUGUUUUGUGACUAAAUAUAUGUAGCCUAACAUUUGCUAUAUAUUUCAGGAUCAUACUUUUUUUCAAUCGUUGUGUAUAUACACAUCACAUUUGGGAACAUAAAGGUGUUAUGUAUUUCAUGUACAUUAUGGGAUAUUUAUAUUUCUGUACUAAACUCAGUAAAGACGUCCUCUCACUGUCAA